AUGGAGUUUGGGGAAAGGAAGAGGAGAAGGAAGUCACAGAGCUUCAAACUGGUCACGGAUGAAGAUUAUGACCCUUCAUAUAUGAUGAAUUCCAGCUGUAAGGAUGCCAAUGGAGAGCCUAAGGAUGCUGCUGUGCCUGAUGUUUGGCUGGGGGACGAGGGGAUGGAGAUCAAGAGACAAAUCACAGGAAUGAUGAGGCUUCUGAGUGAUAAGACCAGCAGGGUAUAUCAGCGUGUGGGAACAGAGCAGGACAGCUUAACAAAGGAGCCCCAAGAUAGGCGCCUGGCCUGGUUACAUCAGCCUGCACCUUUGUCUCUUGUAUCAGAGGACCACCAAAGCAACAGCUGGAACUCUGCAGGGGACCCAGGGCCUUCACCUUCCUCCAUAUCCACCCCCAUCCCCAACGGUCCAGGCUGUGGCCAGUACAGCACCCGCUCUAAAGCCCUGAGGAUCCUUAACAACACAAAGGAUUUAAUCAAAGUGAAUCAAGCUAACGCAGAUGUAGUACCUCCUGCAGUGCCAGAAACCCCCUGCUGUAUGUGCAACUGUAAGGGCACCUUGCAGGCUAUUUUGCAGGAACUGCGUGCCAUGAGGAGACUGAUGCAGACUCAAAAAGCGUCCUUGGAAAGGCAGGAACAGACAGCAUCACCAUGCCAACCUCGUCUUGGUCCAGGACCCGCUCCUCGUCGUAGGACCCGCAAGAGGAGGCCAAUCUAUAAAGUGGCCCCACUGAUGGUGUCUAGUGCCAGAAGAGCUGCUCUUACCCCUCUGGAGGCAUCACCACUUAUAGUUGCACCUGCACCUGAACACUCAUCCACAGCCAACAGUCGCCCCGCCUCCUCUGAGGUUUCUGCGCUGCCACCUCAGAAUAAUCCAGUAACUGUCAACAACACGCACAGUCCUCUCCUGAGCCAAUUAAGAGAACCUCAGUCAUUAGAGUCUGAUGUGCGUCUUGCAGAGGAUUAUGACGUGUUUAUCUCAAAGGCUCAGCUAGACUCCAUUCUCGUCAACUAUACACGCUCGGGGAGCCUGCUGUUCCGCAAACUGGUGUGUGCCUUCUUUGACGAUGCAACCCUGGCUAACUCCUUGCCAAAUGGUAAAAGAAAGAGAGGACUCAAUGAUAACCGUAAGGGCUUGGACCAAAACAUUGUGGGUGCCAUUAAAGUGUUUACAGAGAAAUACUGCACUGAACACAGAAUAGAGAAGUUGCCUGGGCCACGAGACUGGGUUCAGAUCCUUCAAGAUCAGAUCAAACUUGCCAGGAGGAGGCUGAAAAGAGAUGCUGCAGAAGCAGACGUCUUAAGUGGACCUUCUACAAGCUGCAACUUUAACAAGCCUGCAAGUGUGGAAGGGACAGUGGUGAACAUGACUGGUUGA